GAAGAUGCAGCAACCACAUCAUCCCGCGCAAAGCGAAGAAUAGCAAUCAACGAGCCGAAUGAUGAGAACCAGAAUCCAUUCGUUGUCAAGCGACAAGAUGGAGGCGAAUCGGGCGACGAGAUGGAGGUCGAUGUGGUCGAGCCACCGAAGAAGAAGACGCGUCAGUCUCCGAGAACAGCGCCUGCUAAGCACGGCGCGCUCGAAUCUCGUGCAGAAGUCUCGCCUGUCAAACUCGGAAGCCACUUUAAAGUGACCAAGUCGGCAAUUGGCGUAUAUCAGGACGGCAAGGACGACCGAGGGAAGGAGAAUACACCAAAGACGCCGAGACAUCGCGACGCGCUGUCUAAGAAAGUGCCCAUCACUCCACGGCACAGAGUUCUCGCCAGUCAAGCUACUCCGAGAUCCGCCAGAGCACCGGUCACGCCUUCCAAUGCCUCAGUCUACAACAAAGCAAGGCAGUUGUUCUCGCGAUGCUCAGAUCCUGGCAAGCUCAUCGGACGCGACAGCGAAAGAGCAGAACUUUCUACAUUCAUCCAGUCCGCCAUCGAGUCGAAGUCGACGGGAUGCCUCUAUAUCUCAGGACCGCCUGGCACAGGCAAGAGCGCGCUUCUGAACGAGGUGAUCGAGGAGCACGUCAAAGACGGCAGCAUACCCACUUCUGUCGUCAACUGCAUGAGCGUACGAAACACAAAGGAUCUCAGCCAGAAGCUGUCCGACGACCUCGACUUGCGAGAAGAUGCAGGAUUUGACUAUCUCAAAUCGGCGUUUGUGCGAGGGAAAGCGAAGGAUAAGAAGAAGUAUUUGGUGGUGCUAGACGAGGUGGAUGUGCUUGUGGAUUUGGACCUCUCACUCCUCUACGGCCUUUUUGAAUGGUCGAUGCACCCGAAUUCCCGCCUGAUCUUGAUUGGCAUUGCCAACGCGCUGGAUCUCACAGAUCGCUUCCUCCCACGGCUAAAGGCGCGAAAUUUGAAGCCUGAGCUCCUCCCGUUCAUGCCAUACAGCGCGGCACAAAUCGCGGAAGUCAUCACUUCAAAGCUCAAGGGUCUUGCAGGCGGAGAAGCGCAGGUCGUGCCUUUCCUGCACCCAGCAGCGAUUCAGUUCUGCGCGAAGAAGGUCGCGGCUCAAACUGGGGACCUGCGAAAAGCUUUCGAUAUUUGCAAACGAGCGGUGGAUCAGGUGGAUCAAGAGACACGCGAAAGAGACUUAAAGGCAGUUGCGGAGAACAGUCCUUCGAAGACGCCACUGAUGGAGAAUGUGAAUCUCUCAUCUCCAGUCUCGCCGAGCAAGAAAGCUGCAUACACCAUGGAGACUGCUCCAAAAGCAACGAUCGCACACAUGGCGAAGGUCACCGCCCAGGUGUUCAGCAAUGGAGCAACACAACGUCUCACCAGCCUCAACUUGCAGCAAAAGGCAGUCCUUUGCGCGCUUGCAGCGCUCGAGAAGCAAAAGCGCGAAACACAGAUCGACCGAAUCAUGUUCGCUACACCAUCAAAGAAAGAAACUUCUGCGCCUUCGGUCAAGCAGCUCUUCGAAGCCUACACGAAGCUUUGUAAGCGAGACAACGUCUUCCACGCACUUUCAAGCGUAGAAUUCAGAGAUGUGUUGGCAGGCCUCGAGACACUGAGUCUGCUUUCGGCAGUCGAUGGCAAGAAUGGCAGCUUUGCUACGCCCAUGACACCGAGCAGAACACCUGGCAGACCGAAGAAGAAUGCAUUUGCUGGCGAGCGAAUCGGCGACGAAAGGAGAGUUGCGAGUGCUGUGGGUAUGAAGGAAUUGAAUGCGAGUCUGGAAGGACCUGGAGGGGAACUGUUGAAGGAGAUGUUGGAG